AUGCCUAAGAACAAGGGAAAGGGAGGUAAGAAUCGUCGUCGUGGAAAGAACGAGAACGACAACGAAAAGCGCGAGUUAACCUUCAAAGAGGAGGGACAAGAAUACGCUCAGGUAGUCAAGAUGCUUGGCAACGGUCGUCUCGAGGCGCAGUGCUUUGAUGGCGCAAAGCGACUAGCACAUAUCCGUGGCAAACUGCGCAAAAAAGUUUGGAUCAACAACGGUGACAUCAUCCUACUCUCCCUACGAGACUACCAGGACGAGAAAGGCGACGUUAUCCUCAAGUACUCAGCGGAUGAGGCCCGUUCCCUAAAAGCCUAUGGCGAACUACCCGAGAGUGCCAAGAUCAACGAAACAGAUACCUACGGCCCCAACGACGAGGGCGAUUGCGGCUUCGAGUUCGACGAGGACCGCGAUUCCGAAUCCGACGAAGUAGGUGCUGGCGGCAAGGAGGUCGACAUUGACGACAUCUAG